UGUAGCUAGCAUUGCCGGUUGCAGCUGUCAGUCACUCACCUCGCGUUUUCACAAGUUAACGCUCAUUGUAAUUUAAUUAACUGGUACAAAGCUGGAUGACAUUGACUGUGCUGUCUAUGCGUCUCCGAUUUGUCAACAUUUCAUGCAGCUGAGGCGCUAAAAAUGAGAGAAAGAGUGUGUGUUGUGUGAGUCAGCUUGUGUCUAGCCAUGGAGAAACCGUGGAGGCUGUGGGGGGCAAUGGAGCGUUGUACCCUAACUCUGGCCUCCUGGUCCUGGGGUGCCUGUCGAGUCUCCCUUUUGGCCCUCAUUCUCACCUUCCACCUGUAUGGAGGAUUUUUUCUCCUCGCUCUCAUCCUAGCCUCUGUGGCUGGCAUCCUUUACAAAUUUCAGGAUGUGCUCCUCUACUUCCCUGACCAGCCCUCCUCCUCUCGCCUUUAUGUUCCCAUGCCAACAGGAAUCCCCCAUGAGAAUGUGUACAUCCGCACCAAGGACGGUGUGAAGCUCAACCUCAUCCUGCUUCGCUACACAGGAGGGGACACACCGCCUGGUGUCACCUCUGGCAAUCAAAGCAGCCCCACAUCCUCUGCUCCACCCACCAUCCUUUAUUUCCAUGGUAAUGCAGGUAAUAUUGGCCACAGGGUGCCAAACGCCCUACUGAUGCUGGUCAAUCUGAAAGCCAAUGUAGUGCUGGUGGACUAUCGUGGCUAUGGAAAAAGUGAAGGUGAGCCUAGUGAGGAUGGGCUGUACCUGGAUGCAGAAGCCACACUGGAUUAUGUCAUGACCCGUCCUGAUCUGGACAAGACAAAGGUGGUACUCUUUGGCCGUUCACUAGGAGGCGCUGUGGCUGUGCGCUUGGCCUCAGUCAACCCUCACCGUGUAGCAGCCAUUAUUGUUGAAAACACCUUUCUCAGCAUCCCUCACAUGGCAGCGACGCUCUUCUCCUUCUUGCCCAUGCGCUUGCUGCCCUUGUGGUGUUAUAGGAAUCAGUUCCUGUCCUAUCGACAGGUGGCGCUGUGCCGCAUGCCCUCGCUGUUUGUGUCUGGUCUGUCAGACCAGCUCAUCCCACCAGUUAUGAUGAAACAACUGUAUGAGCUGUCUCCUGCACGGACUAAACGCCUGGCUAUCUUUCCAGAGGGAACACACAAUGACACGUGGCAGUGUCAGGGCUACUUUGCUGCUUUGGAGCAGUUCAUGAAGGACCUGCUGAAGAGCCAUGCCCACGAGGAGAGUGCUCAGCCCUCAGCUAGUGUCACCAUUAUCUGAAAAAAAUCCAGUCAGGGAGUGACUGUUGGUGACUACAGGUUAUGGGCAGGAUGAAGUGAAGGCUGUUAAGGAAAUUGCUUGGAGGGACUUAAUUAAUUUUUGGAAAGAAUGUACAUUUUCUAUGCUUUUUCUGGGUUUUUAUUUUAUUUUAUUCUUCUGUAAAUGUAACAUAUUUGUCUAAAUGAUUUGACUAUUUCAAGGUUUUAAGAGAGGGUAACAAUCCCUCAUGGGAUCUUUUGUGUUUCAGCUAUGAAUGCAUGUAUUUAUGACCUUUUAUGAAUGAAGCAUACAUGCCCACACUGCAAGACAUGUCACAACUACAGAAGAACUUGCUAGAAUGGGUCUGCUGAAAUCAAUUAAAAUGAAACAGUUGCACAUUGUACAAUGACCGCAUAAGGACCAUGUUUCAAAUUGAUUACUACUAGAAUUAAAAUGACACUCCUUCUAAUAUACAAAAUGAGACACUGAUAAUAUGUAGGUCUAUACUGAUAUAUAUAUACAUUUUUUUGUUAAUAUUUUGCACUUUUUUUUGUUCAGAUUUAAGUGUUGACUUGUGUAGGCUAACAUCUUAUGAGCAAUACUUGGAGGAGCAUAAGGAUGUUUUUUUUUUCUCUGCCCUUUUGGCAAGGGACAUUAAUAUUGAGUAUUUGCAGCAGCUUGGCAUGUCAUGACAUUGUAGUGGUUAAUAUUUAUAUAUUCCCUCGAAAAUUUUGUCUGGCAAAGUAGCAUAAAAAACUUGAGUAACUGUCACAAAAACUGUUGACUGAGAUAAAGUGGUCAGUAAGAUAAGGUGACGUUGAUACUUUUGUCUUUCAAAAUAAGUUCUUGAGAUCUUAUUUCCUGUCAAACUGCCUCUGUUUCAGUGUGAUUGGGAUAAGCCACAAGAUAUUCUCUCUGUUACUGUGUCCUUUUAAAACACAACUAGCACACGGGAUAGCAUUUACUCUUAAAUGGGCUAGGGUUGCUAUGCAGUAACUUUGGCUCCAGUAGUCUGGUGAGCAAGAGCAUUUGCUCUGUGUGUAGUUUGUUAUUAAAGGGUGGGUUCAGAUUUCUUUAAGUCUAUCUUAGUACAGCACUAUAAUACAUGUCUUUCUGUACUAAAAGAGUCGGUGGUUGGACUUGUUACUGAGCAUGAAGAGGUCAUUUUAUGCACAGAAAUAAAGUUGAGCAGAACCUCGCACAAGGAAGACAAACUAAUUAGGGAUUUUCCAAAGUAAAGUCUGAGUAGAAAAUGCCACCACUUGUUCCCUUUCCUCCAGUGCAGAUCAACACGGAAACAUUCUGGGAAAUUUUGAAUUAAAAGAAAAGAGGAAAAAAGACUCAACUUUGAAAGAUGGUUACUUACUAUUUGUCUAACUCAGACCACUAAGACCUCAUAUUAACUUUAAUUGAACUUUGGAAUGAAUUUUUUACACUGCAAGAACACUGGAUUUUGUCUCCUCGGAGUCGCGCUAGGAGGGGAUUUCUUGACCGCCAGUACAGACAGGAAGAAUGAUUAGUGACCAGUUGCUCUUUCAACAUGCAUACAUAUGGGCAUUGGAGUACUGUAUUAAGAUUGUCUUGGAAAAAGCCUGACCCUAUCUCAAGAACUAAAAAUAAUAUGUGAGCUUCUUUUAAUCAAAUGUUGUAAUUAUUUGUUAGCUACUAUCAUCUCGCCCCAUGCUCAUGUGGCAAAAUGGCUUUACUCACUUGGAGGGCUUUUAAUGAGUUAAUUAACCUUUCCUGCAUGUCUUCCAGGGGGUGGAGCAGAGCUUGAUGAUUAAAACACUGCUCCUGCUUUCCAAAUGCAGCACGCUGCACUGCAGUGGUAACAAAGCCAUUUGAAUACACUCAACAGAUCUCCUUAGCCAUAUUUGAUACUGUUUGUAAACAGUAUGCUAAACAAAAUUUAACAACGACAAAAGACCAAAAUUUAUUUGUGUCAGUGUGACAACUUGAAAAAUGGUCUAAAGGCUACCAUGAAUGUAAAAUGUGGUCUUAAAUUAACAAGUGUGCUUUAUAAGAAAUCAUUUAUAGUCUUUUCUCCCUUGUGUGUGACAUUUUUCCACCAGUGGCACUGAACAGUUUCAGAUAUUUUUGUAUUAUAUCAAAUCCAUGAGCUGAGUUUGAUGCAUCCAGUUUAAAGAUUUUUAUCCCAUCACACAUUGGGAGAGCCCGUUGUGCAAUCUGAAUUCAACCAUGUGAAUAUACACUGAUUUUGUUUCACACGCUUCGCUUUACACACUUCUGCUGUUAGUUUGCAUUGUGCCAUUUCUUCAUUCAAGAAAAGAUGUGGGAACUUGUCAUCAUUUAUUUGAUUUAUUGUUUUGGUGGUUGGCCUAAAGCAAAUUUAAUAAUUAAUAGAAUAUUAGAGUUUUUAUCCUAGGCAAGUGUUUUGUCCAACACCCUGUUCAAACUGAAUGUCUUUUCAUUUUUUAUAAAGAAAAUCACUUGCCAGGUACUGUGUACACUGUGGAACAUAU